CCCACUUCCAGAAGAGAUCAGUGUCUGCGCUGCCCUGUUUCCCCUAACCUGCAUCUAUACGCGAGUAGGGGGAGAGGGAUGGCGGACCUCGAAGGGGAGGGAUGGACCCCUUUGGAAAGCAGCAUUAUACAGAGGAUCAGGGCGCUUGAGGAAGAUCCACUCAAGGUCGAUAUAUUCGGACAACUCAUACCGCUCGCAAACGACUACACGCAGCGCAACCGGAGGCUCAUCGAGGAUGCAAGCGUGCCAUCGAGCGAGUCGGAGUUCCACUCUCACCAGCUCUGUGGACGGUGCGAGGUGUCCCCAGGAAGGCGUUUGAGCGUGGCCGACGGCGAUGGGGAAGAGGUGGGGGAGGAGGGCGAGAGGGAGAAGAAGCUGCGAUUCCGACUGCAGGUCUGCAUGCUUCGGAGCCUCAGCUUCAAGGUGAAGCGCUCCAUUGCAAUCUGGCUGAACGGCCUUGCAAAGCAAGCAUAUAGCUGCAUGGACUGCUAUCGUGGGCUGGUGCAAGCAAAACAAGAGAUCGGUCCCAGGUUCCUGCACCGGUACGAGGAGGACAGGAUCACCCAAUUCUUGUCGUUCGUAGACGAUUGGGAAGAGAAAGUCGCGAUGGGCAUCAUGGCGGACAGCGGGCUCAUCGAAAGGCCAAGAAAUGAAACGACUGUCAAGACGGAGCAGCGAGCGGACAAUGUUGGACAGCACGACGAAGUGAAAGGCGUACCACGACCAGCUGAGCUCUUUGCUGCACUCCACCUCGUUGGUUCUUUGGCGUCUCGCGACAAGAAAGAUGGUCUCUACGCAACGCUCAAGCAAGAGCGAUCAAGAAUAGUCAUCGAUGAUCUCCCAGAAAUGCCCGUGGGCAUCUUUUCGUAUGCAUUGGAUGACGACGAAGCUGUCCGAAGAUGGGCAGUCGAGCAGAAAGCACAGUCAUUGGCAUCAGGCGACAUGUGCCGAACAGGCGCCCUCGACAGAUUAGUCCGGUCGGCGAUCGAACAGGAAAAGUGGCAAGAGCUUUGUUUUAUUGCAAAGUGGGCCCCUGAAGCUUUUUCGGGAGCCCUCCUACCAAAGCUACUUUCUCACAAGGGCAAGCCAGAGGUGCUUUCGUGCGUCGAGGCCGUUCUUGAGCAAGGUGCAGCAGUAUGGCUGCACGAGGACUCGGAGUAUCCUCUGGUGAUCUUGGCGUCGCUACUGGAUUCGAUGGAAGGACUGGUAGAGCCGGGCGAAGGCGCAUUUCGCUGGAUGGAGGCUUUUCUCUUCAGUCUCCUCGAUCCGAUCGUGCCUGUGGAGACAUUCGAAGAAGCUUUGAAGCGCAUGGCCAACUUUCUUCUCGAGCGCAUGCAAGGUGGACACGUCUCCCUCGACCAACGGAAGAGGGCGUUGAAGGAGGGCGCCAAUCUUCUGCUUUGCUGGGCAAACGGGGACGCGAGAACGCGUAGACCUCUGAACAAUGUCACGGAGCUCUACGCAUCGACUCUUGCGCAAUUCGCUCUCAUGGGUCGCAUUCCGAACACUGUUGAGACGGCCGAGGCGGGAGAGAGAAAGGCAGCGCUGGAGCUCAUUGAAAAGACAUUUGAGCUAGACAAGGACAAUCUCGCGGAGAGCAUGCUUCUCCUGUCGAGCCAGACCAUGCGCCACAAAUCGAUGUUCAAAAAGGCCCUUAGUGCUCGCAAGAAGAUGCCGAUGAGCAAUGGCACGACACAAAGUUCUUCCACAAAGGCAAGCAGCGACGAGGAUGCCGUUUUCGAAAAGGCAGCGGCCGACCUUGUCGUCAGUCCCACUGUAUGCUCCGGCCUUUGGCGCGAAUGCUACAACGCCUUCCGUCCCACUCAAGACGCUGGCCUUUUUCUACGGCCACUAGCCAGCCUCGCCGUCUUUGUUGAGCCGCAGAUUCAGUCGUAUAUCAUCGUCAAGGAACACAAGAGCGCAGCUUUUCCAUUCUAUAAGGAAAAGCUCAAAUCGUGCCUCCUUGCUCUUUCAAGGAGGCUAAAGACGAUGCGAGGAUCUCUCCCUACAAUUCUGCUCGACAUCUCCGAAGAGAGCGGCGCCUCCGGCGGUGGUUCUGAUCGGUUAAACGAGCUCUGCUACCAACGAGCUGAUGGCCUCGUCGCCGCCACGCUGUGUCCCGAGGUUGAGGUCCAUCGAGCCGCACAAAAUGUCAUUCGCACAACAUUCGAGGAGGCCGAAACCAGGGGUGACUGCUUUCGUUGUCUGCUCCAGUGCAGCCCAAAGCUAGCCCUCGAGGGUAUUCAGACUUAUCUCGACGAUUUCGUCACAGUGGCAACCAGUCUGAUAGAAGCUAACGACACGGCAAAGUGGAUGGUCAGGUCAUUUUCGGACGUCGUAGAAGCCUUGUGCUCACAGACUGACGGUCUUCUCCGUCGAGGAACACCCUUCUCGCUUGUCGAAUCUACCACCACGGCCAAGCAUGUCCGCCAGCACAUUCCUUCGAUCUGGAGCUUGAUGUGCAAGAGCAUAGCGGCCAUCUUCGCCAAGACGCCCAGCUGGGCGCGUGUCUUGGAUCAGUCAGAGCUCGUGGCCUGGUUCCGCGACGUCAUCAUCUUCGCUACUGACGUGGUCGACCAGAUGGAAACCUUUCAGGAGGCUGGAGAAAAAGAGAGCGAGUCAUCUUCGCCCACCCUUCUUCAGGAUCUGUCCCUGCCUCUGGAGGAGGCGUCUUCCUGGUUGCGCAUGAAUGACGCCGAAAUCGUCGAGGACACGCGAGAAUACAUCGUCAAGGCUUUGCAGCACUUUCGCGCCAAAGUUCCGGAUGGUGUCAAGCGGCGAAUGCUUGCCUUUAUCGAUGACCAGAUCAAGAUCGAGGAUGCUGAAGCUCGACGAACCUUGCUUAGCAUCAAUCAGCUUAAAGAUCUGAGACACCUUUUGGACCCGACAGCGAUGGCCAUCGAGCUUAGCGAUGAUGAAGAUGAUUUCACGGUCCAGGAGCAGACCUCAAAACCAUCUCAGCCACCAAAGAUCGCGCCCACAUCUCAAUCGGUCUCCAGCAAAGCGACUUCAGACAAUCACAAAAAGCUCAAACAGCAGAAACUUGCAUUUGGUGCUGUGAACGUCGAUGUGGAUCUCGACAAGAGGUCAAGUGGAGCUCCUUCUAAAAACGCAGUGGCAUCGAAAAACGCAUCGUCCCAGGAGCUUCGGAAAGAGAGUCUGGCUUCUAAGCUGGCUCCUUUGGAACCAUGGACGGCAAACAAAUACUCUAGCCCUUCCUCAUUUACAUCGAAGGCUGUUGCCCGACCUGGAUUUGGUCAACGUCCUCCUGCUCCUGCUCCUGCUGCACCCUCGCGUCCUGGAAGCAAGCUUGCACAGCUCCGACAGGACUUUCGAUCCAGUAACGUCUCUUCUCACGUCCGCUCCAACUAUCAGAGGCCCCCUGCUGUUGCAAUAACUCGUGAGAUCGGCGAUCCUCGAGCACCUGAAGCCAAGAGGUCUUUUAGUGGGAACGCCAACCUAGGGGCUGCUGCCCAAGCCGCUGGACCGCCGAGGCCACAGCGAGCCGACGAUUCUAGCAGCGAUGAGAGCAGCGAAGACGAGGCAGACGAGCAAAAGCGGCGCGCAUUGGGGCUAGCCGCACUCGCCAAGAACGGCUCGCCGGUCAAGAUGAGGCCGAAACCCAAGGUCACUCAAGCACCGCCCAGAAGAACAAUCUUGUUAGAGAACACAAAUGGCUCGGCUGCUGCUGCAGCUGCCGCGGCACGGGAGCGCGAAAGGGAGCUAGCGGAGAGGAGAAAGCGUUUGCGGGAAGCGCCGGACUAUGGACCUUUGCAUCGAUCAAUUUUGUCUUGGGAUUACUUUGCGAAGGGCAACGUGCCACCUCGCCUGCCUGGAUUGCCCGAGCCACAAUACAGCGCAGUCAAGUCCUCAUUUAGCGGUGCCGAGGACUACGCCAAUGUAUUUGGGCCGAUGCUUCUGCUUGAGUGCUGGGCCGAAUUCCAAGGAGCAAAAGAAGAGCUGGAAAGGAGUCGGGCGGUAGAAUCUCCUUACCGAGUCACUGUUGUUGGUCGCUCGGUCGUGGACCAGUUCACAAACGUCAACAUCGUCAUGGACAAGGUGCCGCCUUCGCAGCAGCCGCGGUUCAGCGAGACCGAUGUCGUCUCUCUCAGCGAUCUGUCAGAUCCAGCGGCACCUAUCGACUCGCGGGCCAAGAUCUUGGCCAAGGUUGACGCAUUCAAACCUCUUGGUCAAGGGUGCCGCCUGACCUUACGCUGCUGCCUGAUUACGGAUAAGCAGGGUAUCAACUCUCGGCUAGUCGGCGACUCGAGGUGGGAAAUCACAAAGCUCUUUUCCUUGACGACGUUGCACCGCGAGUACGAGGCGCUGCAAGCGCUACCGUACUACGACAUGCUCCCUAGCAUCCUGACUGGGCGGGCCUCGUACGUCAACAAGCUCAGUCCCGAGGAAGUCAUGAGGGCUGAGAAGAAGUAUAUGGUCAAUCGCCCGCAAGCCGAAGCAAUUUUGGGAACCUUGACGGCUGGCAACGGCUUCAGUCUUAUCCAGGGUCCUCCUGGCACAGGGAAGACCAAGACUAUCAGCUCUCUCGUGGCCCACUUCAUGUCUACGCGACCAAGGCCGACCUCGAAUCCAACUCCGAUCAACGCAGGACAACGAGGGCCAGGCCCACCGAUCAAAAAGCCGGCCAAACAAAAAAUUCUCCUCUGUGCUCCCAGCAAUGCCGCGAUCGACGAAUUGGCAAAGAGAGUCUCGGAUGGUAUUGCUCUGGCUGAUGGUCUCGUUGUUCGACCGAAUGUUGUUCGAAUCGGCCGUACCGAUGCGAUGAAUCACAGUGUCAGGAGCCUUGCCCUCGAGGCCCUGGUCGAGGAGAAGCUGUCAAAGGCGGCCAACAGCGAAUCGAGCAACGAUGACGUCAGUGCGAUUCAUGCCGAGAUCCAGAAGUUGAAGGAAGAGCGCGACGCCAAGCAGACUGAACUGGCAAACGUCAGAGCGGCAGGUGGAGCGACAGUCAGGCUGCAAAAAAUCGACGCAGACAUCAGGCAGAUCGUUGCGAAAAGGGUUGCCGCGAUGAACAAGCUCGACGAGGCCAAGGACAAGCGGCAGCAGGUCGUGAGGCAGAUAGAAGCCGAUCGAAGGAAAGUGCAGCAGGAGAUCCUCGAAGAGGCAGACGUGAUCUGCUCGACGCUGGGCGGUGCCGGUCAUGCUAUGUUUGGGUCCUUGCCGUUUGAUUUCGAAACGGUUGUCAUCGACGAAGCGGCGCAAGCCGUGGAGCUGAGCACCCUUAUUCCGCUCAGGUACGGAUGUCAGCGAUGCAUCCUGGUUGGAGAUCCGAAGCAGCUACCGCCCGUCGUCCUGUCCCGAAAAACGGCCGAUCUAGGCUAUGCAAACUCGCUUUUCUUGCGAAUGUUUAGCAAGCCAGACAACCCGAUUCACCUGCUCAGCAUCCAAUAUCGUAUGCACCCGACCAUUAGCGAAUUCCCGUCGAAGACAUUCUACGACGGAAAGCUUCUUGAUGGACCAGACAUGGCGCGCCUUACAAUGAAGGGGUGGCACAACGACGAGUACCUCGGCCCUUUCCAAUUUUUCGACGUCGCCAACGGUUCUGAGACGACUGGCCGUGGACACUCUAUCACUAACCGACAAGAGGCGCAGGCAGCCGCAUUCCUGUAUGAACGUUUGGAGCGGGAAGCGCGGCGGACGGCUUCGGGAACAAUCGAGGGAAAGGUGGGCGUCGUGAGCAUGUACAAGGAGCAGGUCUGGGAGGUGAAGAGAGCGUUCAAGCAGUUCUUCGGUGAACAUAUCGAGGAGAUCGUCGAUUUCAACACAGUAGAUGGCUUCCAGGGACAGGAAAAGGACGUCAUCAUCAUCUCGAGCGUCCGAACAAAUGGGAUUGGCUUCUUGUCGGACCGCAGAAGAGUCAAUGUUGCCGUCACUCGCGCCAAGAGCAACCUCUUCAUCGUCGGUCAUGCUUCGAACUUGCGCCGCGAUCCCAUUUGGGCGCAAUUUGUCGAGAUGGCCGAAAAGAGUCGAACGAUUCUGCAGCUGAAGGAUCCUGCCAAGUUGCGACAACCCUCAGACCGGGCGCCAAUGCGCGCGCCUCCUCCUGCUAUGUCUCCGUCAUCCUCGUCAUUGCCCGCAAAGAAGACGAGUGAUGAUGUCAGUGCGACGGCAAAUUCAGGUAUGUCGAAGCCUUCGGUCAGCAAACCGCAGCAGCACCCGCCAUCGCCUCCCGGGCCCCUUAUGACGCCGGCUCAGAUGAGGCAAGCGUCUUCGAGUUCGUCCAUGCCAGUUCGGCACAAGCCUGCUCCGACACUGGUACGCCCCUAUCCAUCAGGCUCAUCUGCUUCGACGUAUGGGGUUCAAACAGGUCAAAGACCCCCACAAGCAGUGACUUCCUCUGCUGGAAUCCCCAUCUUGCCUCCCUCUAAUGGUGUUGGGAAGCAAGGGCCACAAGGUAGUCGUGCUGCACCUCCUCGCCCACGACCACCUGCCAUGCGACCCCCACGCUUCAACCCGCUUGAAGUGAUGCCAGCCGGCGGGUCGAAGGGACAGCCACCGAAAGGGCCGCGACCACCAUCCGUCCACAGGGACACAAGCAACAAUGUUCGAAAGCGACCCGAUGCCGACCAAAACGAGCAAGGCGACGGUCCGUCGAAGAAAGCUUUGAACGCACUUUUCCACACUAAGAAGAAGCCUCGGAUCGCCACACCUGGCGCCCAGGCUCCUAGAUCUUUCCCUGGCGGACCUCGUCCGCCACCAGCGCCUUCAGCGCCUGGAUUUUCCCGCUGAGGCGCACUGCACAGCUGAGCGUGAGCUUUUUAUUAUGUUUCCACACGUUUCGUUCUCGUUAGCAUCUUGUAUUUCAAAACACAACGUAUCAUCACCUAUCAUUGUACUGUACAGGUACCUCAUCAUCCUCGUCAUCAUC